AUGUAUUCAGAUAUACUUCUAUUUCUAAGCACAAUAUCCUGCCUUCUCCCUACCAUCACCGCCCAAACCUUCCCCCAGAUAGACUUAGGCUAUGCAACUCAUACCCCAACCUUCAUCAACACCACCAAAUCCGGCACCAAAAUCGGUCUCUACAACAACAUCCGCUUUGCGCAGCCACCCACCGGAGCUCACCGCUUCCGUAAACCAGUCACUCCACCGCCCCACGAAGACGGCACCCAGGAUGGUCGAGAUCGACUCGCAACAAGUGAUUGUGUCAGCAGUGUGAAUUCGCAGGCUCCUUUUCCGGGAAUCAACGGCACCACCUGGGGGCAGGAGGAUUGUCUUUUUCUGAAUGUGUGGGUGCCGGAGGGUGUGCGUGAGGGGGACAAUGUGCCGGUUCUACACUGGCUGCACGGGAGUGCGUUCGCAUUUGGAAGUAAGGAUUUGAUGGGGUUGUACGGGUGGGUAUCCUCUGCGCAUGAAGAUAUGGAUGCCAAUGUGGGGCUGCAUGAUGGUAUUGCUGCGUUGGAGUGGACGAAGAAGUAUGUCUCUCGGUUCGGUGGUGAUCCUGACAAUAUCACUGUCGGGGGACAGAGCGCGGGAGCUGCUAUGAUUGCCAUGAUGCUCGUAGGGAAUGGUGGGAACGGUACACUUCCUUUCCAGAAGGCAUUUCUGUCAUCCCCUGCUCUCAUGCCGAGAAGGAACGUAACAGAGCGUCGCCAGGAGGUCUAUGACCGAGCACUCCAAGCUGCGAACUGCUCGUCGCUCGCCUGUCUUAGGAAUGCAACACCAUCCGCCUUGGCCGCCACGAAUAAAAAAGUUCUAGAUCUCCCUGGCGGCUCGGGAGGAGGCACCUUUGGUCCUGGGAUUGGUAUCGGGCCGUUCCCCGACGGGAAAUACCUUCUUGAUGCAGUCCCCGUCAUGCUCCAACAAGGCCAUUACCACAAGAAUGUUCAAGCGGUAAUGUCUGGAAACAUGGCAGCAGAAGGAUUUGGGAUGACUUCAGAAGUCAGCACGUACAAAGACUUUGCCACAUUGGUCCGACGCCUGGUACCGGGAGCAAGUAAUUCUACCGUUCAGCACAUCCGGGACAUGUAUCCCUACCCAGAUUCGCAGCUACAACUGGUUGCGAACACUUGGACAACCGACGUGGUUUUCGCCUGCAAUGCGAGAGCUGUUGCAAAGGCUUAUGGGAACAGAACUCAACGAGAGGGAGUUGGAUUGCCUGUGGAGAACGUUUCUCUUGCCAGGCAAUUUCAGUCCGAGGUCCUAAAGUUUACUACAGGAAAUCUAAAGCAGGAUAAUAGGACAGAUGUCUGGACUUUGUAUGCCCCAGGUGCCAAGAUGGUCAAUGUCACACUUGAUGGAAUUGAACAGAGCGUUGACCCUUGGGCCAAGAAGCCUAACUGUGAGAUUAUCUUGAAGACCGUUAUGGAGAAGAGCAACGGGGCAUGA